UUAGUUUGACUGAAAAGUUCAGUACUGCUACAGAUGCGUUGAUGGUGGACAAUUUAUUAUUUGAUAGUGUUCGUCAUUUUCUUGCUCCAUUAUUUAUUUGAAUGAGAUUCCCAUCCAGUUUGGCAAGCCUAAAUGACAGGGUUGGAUGAGACUUGAUGAAUACAUUCAGCUCCAACACCAUCUCUUUUAAAUUGCAUCCCAGGAACUAACCAAAACUUAUAAGAGGACACAGAAGAUCAGAAAUGGCUGCUGGCUUGCAAGGCUGUGUAAGAAACAUGGAGAAGAACAAGCCAUAUUUCGCGAUGAUACUCUAUCAGUUUGUGUAUGCAGGCAUGUCCUUGUUGUCUAAAGCGUCAAUCUCUGAAGGAAUGAAUGCACAUGUGUUUGUAGUUUAUCGCCAAGCAUUUGCUACACUAGCAUUGGUCCCGUUCGUGUUUGUUCUAGAGAGAAGCAAGAAGUCGCCUCCUUUAUCAUUCCCCUUGCUCUCCAAAAUCUUUCUGGUGUCAACCGGGAUCACAAUGAAUUUAAACCUCGUCUACUAUUCGCUCAACUAUGUAUCGGCAACAUUUGCUAUAGCCUUAACCAACACAAAUCUGGCCAUUACAUUCGUCUUGGCGGUCUGCUUCAGAAUGGAAAGCCUGAACAUAAAACAAAAGCAUGGAAUGUCCAAAGUGAUCGGUGCUGCAUUAGGCCUUUUAGGAGCUCUGCUAUGCACAUUUGUCACUGGCCCUGCUAUGUAUCCAGAAAGCCAAAAAAACAUCUUACAUCUAUCCAAACAAACUUACACAAAGGAUGGUUGGAUAAAGGGCUCUCUCAUCAUUCUAGCAGGCAUCGUGAUGUGGUGUUUGUGGCUAAUUCUGCAGGUUCCCCUCCUUAAGCAGUAUCCAGCUAAGCUCCACCUCACAGCACUGCAAUGUAUUUUCAGUUGUGUAACAUCAGCAGUCUGGGCUAUGGCAAUGGAAAGAAAUCCAGAAUCCUGGAAACUGGGAUGGGAUAUCAAUCUCCUUUCUGUUUUCUACUGUGGCGUGAUAGUUCAAGGAUUUGGGUAUUGGCUUCUGGCUUGGAUUGUGGAGAAGAAGGGACCUGUUUUCAGUGCUGCUUUUAGUCCACUGUCACUUGUUAUUACAGCCAUAUUCUCAGCAAUAUUCUUCCAGGAGACACUUCACUGGGGAAGUUUUUGUGGAGCAAUGCUGCUGGUAAUUGGACUUUAUGGAAUUCUAUGGGCAAAGAGCAAAGAAGAAAACCCUGAAGCAACAGAAAGGCAGGAAAUGCUAACUCAAGAGAGUGAAAGAACUGAUGUAGAGAAAUGACAGAAUUUUCAUGUGAUGAUUUGUGUAAUUGUAUGGUGUCACAAUAAAAUGUGUUGAAAAGGAUGAAAGGGGCAUUCUUUUUUUUAUUGAGAAGGGAAAUAUAAAUUAUGACAACUUGACAAACGUUUCUCUCGACAAUCAAGAACACACAAACUUAUCCAAAUAAAUCAACAAAUAAAAACUGUGCACAACAAUAUAUAGAUGUGUGCUGUU